CGUAACUCCAGGCAUAGGAGGAGUGUCUGCCUGGGAGGAGAGGCGGGCUUUGGGAGUUCGGCUUCACAUGCUCGGUGCCCGCGCUGAGAGCGGGCUGCGGGCUCGGAGCGGCCACAGCCAACUGAGCCGAGCCGGGGUAACUGAGACGAGCCGUGCCGUGGUGGACUGAGCCGGGCUGGGCUGAGCCGAGCCGAGCCGAGCCGGGCUGAGCCGAGCCGGGGCAGCGCCAUGGGCGGCGCGGCGGUGCCCGGGCUGCUGCUGCCGUAGGAGCCCGCGGCCGGCCCCGUGCGGAGCGCGCUGCACCGCUGCCCACCGCGGCCUGCGAUUUUUUCGGUGCUGGAUGUUGCUAUUUUAAAGGAUUCCCACCAUGAUCGAUAGCUCCAAGAAACAGCAGCAGGGCUUUUCCGAGAUCUUACCUGCAGGAGAUCUUAAGCCACUGAAGGAGAAGGAAUGCCUUGAGGGGAGCAGCCAGAAAAGUCUCAAGGAAGUACUUCAGCUGAGGCUGCAACAGAGACGGACACGAGAACAGCUGGUGGACCAGGGCAUCAUGCCACCUUUGAAAAGUCCAGCUGCAUUCCAUGAGCAGAUAAAGAGCCUGGAGCGAGCCAGGACUGAAAAUUUCUUGAAGCACAAGAUCCGGAGCCGGCCGGACCGCUCGGAGCUGGUCAGAAUGCACAUCCUGGAGGAGACCUUUGCAGAGCCUUCACUACAGGCCACUCAGAUGAAACUGAAGAGAGCUCGCUUGGCAGAUGAUCUGAAUGAGAAGAUUGCUCAGAGACCUGGCCCUAUGGAACUGGUAGAAAAAAAUAUUCUUCCUGUAGACUCCAGCGUUAAAGAAGCCAUUAUAGCAGUUGGACAAGAGAAUUACCCUCAAGCUUUGGAUGAUUUUUCAUUUGAUGAAGACAGCAGUGAUGCUUUAUCACCAGAUCAACCAGCCAGCCAAGAAUCCCAGGGUUCAGCAGCUUCCCCUGGUGAGCCAAAACCAAGUGACUCACCCUCACCAAUAACCCCAAAUGCUGCUACAUCAACACAGUAUCCACCUUUAACCUCUCCAGUUCCUGAAUUCCUCAAAACUCCCUCUACAAUCGAACAGCACGUGACUCGUUCCACUGCUGCAACCACCCUGACCACAAGCACUGUAUCUGCAGCAAAGCCUGGGCCAACCUUAGUGAAGCAAAGCCACCCAAAGAACCCAAAUGAUAAACAUCGGAGCAAGAAAUGUAAAGAACCUAAGCCAAGGGUGAAAAAAUUGAAGUAUCAUCAGUAUAUUCCACCUGAUCAGAAAGGUGAGAAAAAUGAGCCACAGAUGGACUCCAACUAUGCUCGUCUGCUACAACAGCAGCAACUGUUUUUGCAGCUGCAGAUCCUGAGCCAACAGCAACAACACUACAACUACCAGACAAUUCUGCCUGCACUGCUGAAGCCACUGAAUGACAAACAGAACAACAAUGGGAAUUCACCACUGAAUACUCUGAACAACAACAGUACACCAACAUCAGCUGCCAGCUCACCCAGACAGAACAGUAAUGUUCCUAGCAGGAAACCAGGUCCUCUGCCUUCAAGCUUGGAUGACUUGAAGGUAGCAGAGCUUAAAAUGGAGUUGAAACUGAGGGGAUUACCAGUGUCUGGAACAAAAACAGACCUUAUUGAGCGUCUGAAAACCUAUCAAGAUCUUAACAACAAUGGGGUUGCUACAAGUACCUCUGUGACAGUGACCACUUCUAGUGGGGCCACAGGUAACACUGGGGAAGUGACUGUGGCAUUUCCUGUUGCAGCAGUAAAUAAACCAGUGGCUACUACGAUAUCCAGCUUCCCUCCAGAAAAAACAUCGACUGCACCUGGCAGCAAAGCAGUAAAUACUGAAAACGUCAGCUCUCCCCUGCCUAUAUCUCCCUCUCCCUCUGAACAGUCCAGUCUGAGCACAGAUGACACGAGUAUGGCAGACACUUUCCCAGAAAUGACCAUGAUGUCACCAUCCCAGUUCCUGAGUACUUCACCCCUGAGGGCAAGUACAAACGAGGAUAAUCAGAAUCGCAGCAGUGGCAGCAUCUCAACCAUGGAGUUUGAUGUAGCAGAAAAGGACCGCAAGCUUCAAGAAAAAGAAAAACAAAUUGAAGAGCUCAAAAGAAAACUGGAACAAGAGCAAAAACUUGUGGAAGUAUUGAAAAUGCAGCUUGAGGUUGAAAAAAGGGGACAGCAGCAACAGUCUCAGACUUUUGGUAACUCAGCUGCUUUGGAACAGAAGCAGUUCAGUGCUGCUGUCAAAGAUGAAAGUGCCCCUGCUGACUGCUCAAGUACCAGUCAGUCUGUCCCUGUGGCCAGCCAUUCCUUAGGACAGCCCGUGUACACCGCUGGCCACAAUCCAGUUGCCAAAAAGGCAGUUGUUAUCAAGCAGGAGAUACCUGUGGCCAAAGCUGAACCUCACAAUGCCAUUUCUCAGUUUUAUGUUAGUCCACAGAGGCAGCCACAAACUGCAGUUGUUGCCCAGCCUCAAGCUUUAUUAACUACCCAAGGAACUGCCCAGCUGCUCCUCCCACUGUCCAUCCAGGGACCCAAUGCUGCUACUGCAGUGCAGUUACCAGUUGGAAAUAUCAAGUUGCAGGCUCAAUCACAAGCUGGAAUACAGACCCCAUCACAAAUACCUGCUCCUAUUUCUUCCUCUGGCCUGGUGCAGACAGCACCUCAGAUGCAUGCUCCACAACCCAAACAAAAUACCAUCACGCAGCACGCACUUGGUCAGAGCCAACAAAUCAGAAAGGUUUUUCCACCUGCCACAUCAAAUGCAGUAUUUUCCUAUCAGACUGCACCAGUUUCAACACCUUCACAAUCUUUUAUUAAUAAAACAUCAAACUCUAACAUUCACCCUGGUGGUAACCAGGUCCCUUCUGUGCAGAAUGGACCUGCUGCUCCCAACAAGCCUGGGUCUCCGUCUCAAGCCCAGCCUUACAUAGUUCAGCAGCCCCUGUUCAACAACACAGUGUCCAAGACAAAAGAUCCUCCUCGUUACGAAGAGGCCAUCAAACAGACCCGCAGCAUUCAGCCGUCCCAGCGUGAGAUUUCCAGUGCACACAGUCAGCAGAUGGAUGAUCUUUUUGAUAUUCUCAUCAAGAGUGGAGAGAUUUCCCUUCCAAUAAAAGAAGAACCAUCUCCCAUAUCUAAAAUGAGACCAGUAACAGCCAACAUCACUACAAUGCCAGUGAACACAGUGAUAUCCCGUCCACCUCCGCAGAUCCAAAUGGCCCCUCCUCCUGUGUCCUUAGAACCAACAACCAGCUUGUCCAUCAGUUUGGAAAACCAACUUGAAGCCCUCUUGGAUGGAACUUUACCAUCAGGUAAUGAAAUUCCUCAACUGACAAGCAGUAAUGAGGACAGAGAGUCAUUUUCUUUAAUUGAAGACCUCCAGAAUGAUCUGCUUAAUCACUCCAGCAUUUUAGAUCACUCUCAUUCACCCAUGGAAACAUCUGACCCACAGUUUACUGCUAAUAAUUCUUGUCUGUCUCUUGACCUUCCCGAUACAAAUUUGGACAAUAUGGAAUGGCUGGACAUUCCAAUGCCCAGCUCCUCAUCUGGACUCACCCCUCUCAGUUCUGCUGCCCCGAGCGUGUUUUCCACUGACUUUCUAGAUCCACAAGAUCUACAGUUGCACUGGGAUUAAGCUACAGCCAAUGAGAACACAACCUGCAAGUCUCUCUACAGCAGAGGUCCAUUAUUAAACCAUUCUGAUUGCAGUUAACAUAAACUAAGACAGUAAUGUUGGGAAGAACAAAUGCUUGAAGCUAAUUCCUUAUUGAUUUUCAAGUUUACAACAGUGAAUCACUUUAUGCAUCUAUCAGUAAUGCAGAUCAGGGCCCUCUGGAAGCUGUAUUUCACAAGUCAAGAAAGGAUGAUUGUACUUCGUGAUUAAAAGUACCCCAAGGUAUCACAAAUAUUUAAGAGAGAAGUUACAUCUCUGACUUUGUAAUGCUUAAAUGAGCAACACAACCUGACUAAACUGAGAGUGAGAUGUCAGUUCUCUGUAUUGACCCAGUGAGCAAAUGGCUGGGGGAGGGGAGGUAUCACUGCACUUCAUUGUUCCUGUGGAAAGCCUGAGCCAGGUUCAGAACUGAUUGUGAGGGCAAAGGCAAAUAGAAGCACUGGCUGGUUCAGUGAAAUUUCAUAUCUCUAGUCUCUUAAUUUGUUCAAAUUGUUUUUAUAUUUUGCUUUUGUGGAUUUUAAAACACUUCCCCCAUUCUUUAAUCAUGAGGGAGGAAUUUACCUGCAUCCAAAGGGAUAUUAAGUGUAACUGCAAGAAAUCCACUGUAGCUAAUGCCAGGUAAUAUUGAGAACACUGAAUUUUCUAUAGCAAUGCUCUGGAUUUAAUAGCUAGGUUUUAAUGUGUAUAUCAGACAGUUAUUUGUAUACUCUUUUAACUUUAUAUAGCUUAUUUUUGUGAACAGAGGGGAACACAGUGGUCUUCAAACAAGAGAUUAUUAUAAUGGAAGUAAAUAUCCUAUUUUGCUUUGUGUUUGAGGAUAUUUGUUAGAUCAUUGAAUCCAGUAUCUCAGCAUACUAGAAAAGUUUGAGGAAGUAGAAAGGUUUUAAUUAAUAGUGUUGUGUACUACAAUCCUGCAAGCAUCUAUGCAAGAAUAGUCCCAAUGCCCUCAAUAAAAGAUGUUUGUAGGAUGAGAUCAAGUUGCAGGGGACAGUGCUGACAGGACAACCAUAAUUUCUCAGUGAACACUUUGUCUGUUGAACAGCUUUGUCUGCCACUACAUAACACCAGGGAAAGCAACAGAGAAGCUGCUCAGUGCAAAUCCUAAACGCCAGGAUCAGAAUGUACUGUUUGUGAUAAGAAGGCACACUGCAUAUCUGAAACAGAGAAUAGCAAAAAUUAAGCUCUUACCUCACAGCACAGCACAUGAAUAUUUUUUUGUUGUUUUAAAGCCCAUAGUUGUUGUUUUCAGAGUCUAUUUUGAAAGGAGUAAGAAAAACAAAAAAAUCAAGUAGAACUAAUAUACUUUGACAUUCUAUGGUUGUCUCUCAGGUAAUAGCUGUUAAAUGUUGCCAUAGAUGAUGGAGGUUUAUAAUCAAACACAAAAUUGGAAUUUCCUAUUAGGGAAUUCCUAAAUUAAGAUAAAAGGAAACACUCCCUGUUUCCUGAAAUGCAGAAAUAGUGCAUGUUUUCUAGUCUGAAAACUGAUCUCAUUGCAUGGUUAUUUCCUCACCAACAAGUUUCAAAAAUAAAGUUUUGUAGGCUUGAAUGAAAAAAUGUCCCAAAGCUUUUGCCUACUUCUUAGAAUAAUGCUAUGUAUCAAAGAAAUACUGAAAACAGUAAGUAGCUGUUAGCCACUUAGCAACCUUCACCACAUUUUUCAAAAAUUAAAACACAACACAAUCAUGUUAACAUCAAACAAAUACUUUUGUCAGAAAAUGUUACGGAAUUAACUGAAAAUUUGCAUCUCCAGAUAUAACGCAGUCUGGUUCACUGAUAUGACAGAGUUCCAUUGGCUUCAGAUAAAAUGAUGGAUUCCAUCACUGAUUCAGGGUUUGAACUGAUACCAUAUGUUUGCAUCAUAUCAAUUACAGCACUUUAAAUCAUUAUGUACCUUCACUGGUUUUACUGGCCAAGAAUUACUGUAAUAUGAAAGUAAUACAAGAAACAAUCUUUGGAGAUUUUCACUACACACAGUUGAAAGACAGAAUUCCUUAUUCCUUCUUGCUGUGCCUACAAUACUUGAGUACAAUAUUACAUGGGGACUGUCUGCCUUAAGCUUUGACGGUAUAGGACUUUUGAAUAACAGUGAACACUUCACAUUCAACUUUUUGCAUUCCUGUUCAUCAUCCAAUCUUGGGAGCUGACACUCUGAGAUACGAAGUGCCCUCAGCUGUUACGAGAAUAAGAAUUAAGGACUCUUGGUCUGAUAGGAACAACUCUGAAUGAAAUUUAGUGUUCUGCAGUACUGUCAGUUUAUUAUGUGUGAUACACCAGACAUCAUACAAUAUAUGUGUGGUUAGAGUUAUCCCUUUUUGACCCUGCCUCCUGAUUAAAUGAGAGGCAAGUAAAUUAAUUUUUAGAGGACAAAUUAACCUAGAGCAACUGUACUGUUGUUUUUGAUGUGCAUGUAAAUACAGCUUGAAACUGGCAAAGUCAUCUUGCUACAAAAUUACCCUUAUUGGCAGUGUAGAAUGUUAAUUAAUCCAUAGGAAUCUUUGUGCAGAAAUAAACCCAAACAGUUGGGAUGUCUUGUUAUCAGUACGGUAUAGCUUUCUGCUCUGAACGUCUAUUUGAAAAAAAAAUAAAAAUUAAGGGAUCAUUUUAGUUUCUGAAGUACAAAUAUUCUAGUGUAGGGAAUGUGUGAUUACUUUUCUGUACAUUUCAGAAUUGUGUAUUAAACCUUAUAUAAAAUGGUUUGCUUUAGACUUUGUUCUGAAAUGUGAUAUGUUUGCCAUAGUUGUAUAUGCCUGUUUAUGGCAGAAAUAGGUUUUGCUUAGACUUUUGUGUGUGCAUGUUUUACAUGAAAAUUUUUGUAGCACAAAUACAUCUUAGAAAUUUAAUCGUGCCUGUGCAGUUUGACUGCACAGAACUGAAUCUUUCUCAUUAAGAGAACAGUUGCAAAGGAAUGCACUGGCACUCAAUUUGCCAUUUAAUGGCUGCAGUAUACUAACAGAAUGCAUCCUAUCAAAUGUGGUGUUAGUGGGUUCUUCCAAGUAAUUAAGAAUACCUUUUAAUCAGUAUGAAAAUCAAAAGUUGGUUGUUUACACAUCUAGACAGAGAGAGCUCAGACAAUGUUUCCCUAGGCUGGUGUUACUCAGGAGGAGUCACAUCCUGUGUUCAGUAGAGAAAUGGAAUUUGCUGUGCACUUGUAGUGCCCUUCAGCAUCAGUUACAGCAAGGAAGUUUACAGGCAAAAUUUUGUUUAACCUUAGAAAUAGUUAAAAAAGCAUUGUCAUACUCUCUCUGACAAUAAAAUUAAUUUUUGGCAGUUGUUCUCUACAGAAAUUUAAAGUGUAAUCCAGCAAUGUGGGCUUGCAGACCUGCAGAAUCAGAACUUUAGAAAGCUAAGGCCAUAGCUUUUAGAAAUGAUCACUACUUAAUACUGACAUUUAUUUCCCAGGUAUUUCUAAAUUCACCAACAAGAGUCAUGUUCAGAGAUGAUGGUGAUCCAAAGAGAAGUGUCAAUAUUAAACUUUUUCUGUUACAUAAUCUCAAGCAUUCAGGUGCCUCAAAAGUGUAGGCACUGUCAUCAGAACACAAGUACAAGCUGCUGAACUAUUUUCAAGGCAGAGAAACUGCAAUUACAGGAUACAUUGAACUGGAAGGGCAUUAUGUAAUCAAAACACAGGAAAGGUCACCAAUGUAAACAGUUAUUAUUUGGAUGGCAUCUUAAGUGUAUUGUAAACUUAAAGCAAACUCUAUUAAAACUGGAAAAAAAUCUUCCACUUAUCUCUAAUAAAUGUUGUGUUGAAACUCUUUGUAUUGUGGUCCAAGAAGUCACCUUUCAGUGACUUCUAGGCCAGACCCCAGGAGGUGUUUUAUGUGAGAUCUGUGGAACUGAGUUACACAUAGUACAUACAUGGCCAAUAAAGAGCAUCCAUUAAAACCUGAAAUAAUCUCAAAUAUUCCUUUUAUACCGGUUUGCUAGGAAUAAAGUGCAAAAAAGAGACACCUACAUCAUUCUGUAGUGUCCAAUACUGAAUAGAAAGUGUUUUUAAGUUAAAAGUUCAUAAAUGUAUUUGUAGAAAUCUAGCCAAAAAAAAGCCAUUCUAGCUAUGAGAGCAAAUUCUCAAAAAGAAAGCAGGGAAUGGUUAAUAACUAUAUAAUCACACUAUUUUUAUAAAAUUAUACAGCUCAGAUAUUCAAAAGACAGCCUAAAAUAAAUUAUAAUAAUAUAAAAAUUUAAAUAGGAACCAAAGCAUUGCCAUUUAUAUUGCCAAAGGAGGCACUUUGUAUUUUAAAACAUAGGAAAUUAAGUCCCCAGAAGUGUUAUCCGUACUUUUUUAAAUUAAGGAUGUAGAUAUUUUCAAAGCUGUUUUUGAUGUUUAACAGUACAGAUUUGUUUUUGUUGUUUGAGGAAUUUGUAGUAACUAAUAGCACAGGCUUUUUUUCCUGAUAGGAUUUUCUUCACAGUACUGCUUGCAGUAGAAAUAACGCUAACCCGAGUAGGUGUUUCUCUUCUUACUUUCAUAGUCAUAAUUAUGUCUUAGCAUCUCAUUUUGUGAAAAGAAGAAGAUAAACACCUGUGUCUGGGGCCCUCUUCAUUUAAGCACUACUUUACUAAAUGCAAAUUAUGGCAAUCAGGGCGUCAGUUUAUGUAUUGCCUUUCUAGAACCAUGAUGCCUUUGUAUUUGCUGUUUGCACCCCUAAAAUCAAUUCCAUAUGUUUGAAUGCCAUAUGUUUUGCACAUUGUACUGUAUAUAUGUAAUGCAUACUGUAUUUUUAUAUGUGUACUACAUUUAUCAAAUAUUUUGUACAUAGUGGCAAUAUUGUAGCUACUGAGGAAAUGUUUGAUAUUUCAGCAUUUUUGCUAAGUGUCUCAAAAUAAAAAAGGAAAACUGUG